CGUUUCUCACUUAGCCUGCAGCUAUUUCUUUGCCCUUUUGCAACUUACUCUGAAAACUCCCAGAGGCUUCAGUUGGAGAAGUUUUAAACUCUCUUUUACUCUCUCUUUUAUUCUCUCUCUCGCACACUCACUCCUCUCCGCUCAAACCAACAGUCAGACGGGGGGAGCACACACACAGCCACACAUGCACAGGACGCAAACAGAGUGCAGCCCAGGACCAAGAUAGACAACUGAGAGAGAGAGAGAAAUCCUCUUCUCUACCACUGAGUUUAGUGUGAGGGGGUUCAAGCAAUUUAUUCUGACUGAGUGGAUUGCAUUUCAUACCAUGGGAGGACAAGCUGAAAUAGAAGAAGAAACCAACAAACACUAUCUGUAAAGGACCACAUUUCAAACUGGAUUAUUGGGCUUUCCUCUCUAAAUCUUUGGCAUGGUGAUGUCCUAAAUUACUAGCACGUAUUGAAGAGGCUGCUUGUUCUGGACCACAGUGGGCUUUGAGGGUCUUUCUCUGAGUGCGAGUGAGUGUGUGUGUGUGUGUGUGUGUGUGAGAGGGAUCAUGUCAAAAGGAAAUUUCACUCGCCUGUUGAGGGGACUUUGGGUACUGUGGCUGUGGCAAGCUGAUCUUGUGUCGGGUAGUAAGCUCUGGGAGGUACCCAUAGCCCUCUUUGGAUCUUUCUCCAACCACACGACUAGCCUGGAAUGGGAGCCACAGUGUCAGUAUCCCCACCUGCAGGACGGCAUCAGAAUCACAGCCGACAUUCCCCCAAGACUGGAGGGUAGCUGGGUGUCAACAAGAUGUGAAGUUCGGCCUGGCCCUGAGUUCCUGACCCGUUCCUACACCUUCUACCCAAGCCGCCUGUUCAAAGCCCUGCAACACUACUACACUGACAGUGGGUGCGAGGAGCCCGCAUACUCUCUGGUGGUCCGGGGCAAGCUCCGUCUGCGCCAGGCGUCCUGGAUCACCCGGGGUGCCACCAAGACCGAGCACCACCUCCACAAAGUGGGCAUUGUCAUCCACAGCCCAGGUGCAAUGCACCAGCUUGCCACCCGUCUACCCUCCAUGUGUGUGGGCCUCACCUUGGGUGGCAUGGUGCCCGGGCGCCUGUACGAGCUGUACAACGCCCGGGCAGGGAGGGACUGUCUGGGUGCCUCGGGGUACUCAAUGAUGGAGUUGGGCUUGGUGAGAGUGGAGACCCAGCAUCAGCCCCAUGGAGGUCUGGUUCAGGAGCUCUUCCUUGGGGACGUGCACACAGACUGGACCCAGAGGACAUACUAUCGACCAAUGGGCUACCAGCAGCCACUGCAGAAUGCUAUGCACCACAUCCACCCCUGCCCAGCGUGCGCCUUGCUGUUCCGGGCCUCAGAACAGCGCCCCCCCGUGUUACCCCAUGUCCCUGCAGCAACGCCUCUGUCCUUGGACGGCCGAUGGGUGAGCCAACGCUGCGAAGCCCGGCCCGCCGUCCUCUUCCUCACCCGAGACUUCACCUUCCGCCCAGAUGAACAUUCCUGGGAAGGCCUCUACCGCCACUACUCGGAACCCACUUGCAGCCAGCCCACCUUCACCCUGCGGGCUUCGGGCCACUAUGCCCAGGGAGGCCCCUCAGCCAAAGUGGCGGGAGGGACUGAGUUCGUCUUCAAGGUAACCCGGGUCAGAGUCACCGUUCUGGAAGGGGCCACGGCCAGGGUGCUCAACGAGACCAGGCGGGGCAGCUGCGGGAAGGCGGGGGGGUGGGAGGUGGGAGUGGAGCAGGACGUGACCCCCACGGAUGGGUGUACCGUCCUGGGGAUCAAGCUGCCGCACAAGGAGUACGAGCUGUUCAAGACGGAGCUGGACCAUCGACGGCGCACUCUGCUGUUCAUCGGCGAGAGGCCGACGGAUGGCUCCAGCCCUGACCGGCCCCAGAAGAGGCCCACGUCUUACCAGGCCGCCCUGGUGCAUUGUAGCGAGGAAGACACCCCCACGUCGCAACGCCACACCAACCAGCUCAAGCUAGCAGCUAGUGGAACCAAUAACCUACCACGGCUCCCUUGCUUUGUCCUAGUACUGGUCUCUUUACUGUGGGGUUGGUACUGUGUGUUCUAGAGAAAAACUGAACAUUGGAGAAGAACACACAAACGAUGGUGGAGCUGCUCGCGGUCUAUAAGGAAACUCCAUGUGCUCCUCCUCAAUAUCAAGAUAAUGCCAGACCACAUAAUAGAUGGCCGAAGCCAUCUUCAAGCAAACUGUACAUAGACUGUCAGUGUAUUCAUGUUGCAUAUCUAUCAUAUUAUAUGUGUAUCAUUUUGUUUUCUUUUAAACCGGAGAUGCCUUUUGGCAAAUGUUUAAGUCACGUAAGCACUCCUUUUCUAAAGAGUGGCAGAUUCAGACUUUAGAACAGCGUGCAUUUCCUAUGUACUUCUCAGUAUUUGGUAUUCAGACUUACCCUAUUCCGUCACGUAACGUAUAUAUACAUAGAUAAUGAUAGAGGCUUCUAGCUGCCAAAAGGCCCUAUAAGCAUGGGCAGCACCAUUGAGGGCUUCCACCAUUUUAAUGUCGUCAACUUGGUGGGACUUCCAACUUCAUUGGCUGAUCCCUCCUGGUGACCCUGUUAGAGUUAUGUCCAACCAGGUCAUCAGGAGGGAUCAGCCAAUCAUAAAGAAGAAAAUAGACUACUUCAAAACGGAGAUAACCUCAAUGGCGCCGCCCAUGCUACCACAGACGCUAUAAUGGCACAGAUAAAAAGAUGAGUUCUCUAUCUAUCUCUAUGGGUUUUCAGUACAUUUAUGUUAAGCCAUUCCUAGGGUUGGAGAGUAACGGAUUACAUGGGGAUUACAAAAAAUGAUAACUGUAAUCAAUUACGUUACAAUCAAAAAUAUUGUAAUCAGAUUACAGAUACUUUUGAAAAACUAGAUGAUUACUUCGAAAUUCAGAAAGGAUGUUUGCGGGAAAAAUCUUUGACACUCAUCUGUUCGCUCAAUGACAUUCAAAUCAGCAUUGAAAAAAGGCGCUAGUUUAAGUUUGUUCCACCUGAGCGAGUCUGACCACAAGUCAGAGACCACUAUGAUGACACACCAAACGUGUUUGAUGGAUCGCGGGAAAAGAGAAGCAAUAGGCUUUUGUAGGCUACAGUCCAAGCUAUGUCUUCCAAUGGUGUGACUGCUGUCAGCAUCCAAAGAUUAUCCAAUUUGAAUAAAUGAUUGGAGGUAAGGAUGACAGCAGUGGUUUAAUCUACGGCGAUACGAAUAUCUACAUAGUGCAUUGAUGUGAAUCACACUGCUGCUCUCUCAUUUAACUAUUGGCUCCGUACGGAUUGUGGUUGUUGUGGAUGGCUGUUCACAAAUCUAAAUGUGUAUUUGAACCCAAUAAUGGUUGAAUUCAAGAAGUUUAAGCUGCCCAUCAAUCAUUGUUUUUGAAACCAGUGGACAGCCAGUGACAAAUGCGCUCUUGCAACAGCUGCACAGUGCAGAUCCAAGCCUAUGUAAUACAAGUGGUUCUUUUUUUCUUCAGUAAUGCUCAAAGCAUGCCAUUCCAUAAGCGCUGCAUUUAUUUUUCAACUCAAAUCAAUGAGCCCAAUCAAUCCUCCAUGACAACAAAAUCAUAAACAACAGAUUUGGGCUGGCUAAUAAAUCCUUAGUUUUGGGGUCAUGCUCAGGUAAAACAAUUUGGCUUAUCUAGAUUUCCAUAUUUCCAAGUCUUAUUCUUUAAGAUUAAUUAAGGGUUAGAACACUUAUUGGAAUGACUGGAAUUCUUGUUUUUAAUGUAAAGAUUUAAUCGUAUUAUUAUAUGUAGUAGAAAGCGAUAGGUUAGAAGAAACCUACAUAACCAACCCAUAAAGUAAAAUGUAACAUCCAUAUAUGGCCAGCUAUGUAAACUUUAACAUUGAUUUAUCCUGCAAAAGAUGUCGUUCAAUUGGUAACAUAUAUUUUUGUCUUCUUCUAAUGCCUCUUAAAGGGAAAGUAAUCUAAAAGUAACAAUGUUUGAGUUUGGGUAAUCCAAAAGUUACGUUACUGAUUACAAAUUUGGAUAGAUAACUAGUAACAGUAACGGAUUACAAUUAGAAAGAAACCUACCCAACCCUGGCCAUCCCUUUAAAUAGGGUAUACCUUUUAGUUAGAAUUUUGUCAACAGACUCACUAGAACAUAUUGCGAGAACGGGCUCCGAAUAUUAGUGAUCAAUGAGAAAGCCAAUCUAAAUACAUGCAUAUUCGUAUCCGUUUCAGCACCAAUUGGUAGAUUGAAAAUAUUCUGAUUUUGUAGAUUAUUUAGGUUUAGGAAAUAAUCUAUGAAUAAUAAAAAAACAGGUUUGGAGAGCUUUUACGCACAAAAUACAGUACCAGUCAAAAGUUUGGACACACCUACUCAUUCAAGGGUUUUUCUUUAUUUUUACUAUUUUCUACAUUGUAGAAUAAUAGUGAAGACAUCAAAACUAUGAUAUUACACAUAUGGAAUCAUGUAGAAACCAAAAAAGUGUUAAACAUUUAUUUUAUAUUUAGCCACCAUUUGAAGCUUUUUGAGAGAAUGCCAAGUGUGCAAAGCUGUCAUCAAGGCAAAGGGUGGCUACUUUGAAGAAUAUAAAAUAUAUUUUGAUUUGUUUAACACUUUUUUUGUUACUACAUGAUUCCUUCCAUAUGUGUUAUUUCCUAGUUUGAUGUCUUCACAAUUAUUCUACAAUGUAGAAAAUAUUAAAAAUAAAGAAAAACCCUUGAGUUGGUGUGUCCAAACUUUUGACUGAUACUGUAUAUUGAUUGGUAAAAUAUAGAAUGGUUUGAUUCAUCCUGAAAGUUGCCACAUUCAUAUCUUCAACCCAUGUUAAUGUUGGAAGAUUAGUGUACAUAUAAUUAUAAUAGGGAGAAUACUGUACAAUAGUAGGCUACACCCUCGUAUAUUGCCUGUAUUAACCAUGGAAUUGUGUGAUUACAAGCCAUGCAUCGGGUUUAAACUGUUACAGCUUGGUCUGUGCUCCGUUCCAUAACGAUUUAAUUAGCCUGCCUUUUAAAUAUUCUCAACUGUUACUAAUGAUCCGUGACGGAGUUUACAGAGGAAGCAAAUGAUGGUAAAUGAAACAUUGUAAUUAAUUGGAAUGAUAAUGUAGGCUAUACCAACUGAAGGGAACUAACAGUAAAUUGGCAGUUGAAUUUGUGUGGUUAUUAGGCUUACUGACGGUCGAUGCUGAUAGUGGCUAAUAUUUAACACGAGGAAAAUAGGAAACUGAGAAAGUUGGGAUAGCCUAAAAUAAAGACAUUUGAGAGUGUUUAUCCCCAACCUGGACUCAUGGGUAGACGUAACAUUGUAAAUGUAAAUCCGGAACACUCCAAUUAGUAUGAUACAUUUCAGAAAGUAUUCAUACCCCUCGACUUAUUCCACAUUUUGCUGUGUUACAGCCUGAAUUCAAAAUUGAUUAAAUAGAUUUGAUUUCUCACCCAUCUACACACAAUACCUCAUAAUGACAAAGUGAAAACAUGUUUUUAGAAAUGUUAGCAAAUAUAGCGAAAUUUAAACAGAAAUAUCUAAUUUAAAUAAGUAUUAACAGCCCUGAGACGAUACAUGUUAGGAUCCACUUUGGUAGCGAUUACAGCUGUGAGUCUUUCUGGGUAAGUCACUAAGUGCUUUGCACACCUGGAUUGUACAAUGUUUGCCCAUUAUUCUAUUCAAAAUUCUUCAAGUUCUGUAAAAAUGGUUUGUUGAUCAUUGCUAGACAACCAUUUUGAAAAUGGUUGCCAUAGAUUUUCAAGCAGAUUUAAGUAAAAACUGUAACUCGGCCACUUAGGAACAUUCAUGGUCUUCUUAGGAAGCAACUCAAGUGUAGAUUUGGCCUUGUGUUUUAGGUUAUUGUCCUGCUGAAAGGGGAAUUCAUCUCCCAGUGCCUGGUGGAAAGGAGACUGAGACAGGUUUUCCUCUAUGUAAAAAAAAAAGUGUCCAUUACUAAAUCCAAAUCCUAACACAAAAACAUGGUAGUAAAAGAUAGGUUUACAAAAUAUGAAAAGUGGAUGCUAGUUAGACAUGAUGGAGCUAAAUCACUUUUAACCAUAUGGACAUAGAUGCAAAAUUCGGUAAUAGUCCAAUUCAGCUCCAAAACAGAUUCUGCCAAGAGAGAUUCUGUUCCAAAAAGCUCCAUUCCAUAACCUUUUUAAUCCUGAAAAAUUCCCCAAGCAUACUGUAUCCAUAACAUAAUCCAGCCACCAUUAUGCUUGAAAAUAUGGGCAGUGGUACUCCUUAAUGUUGGCAAAUUGGAUUUGCCCCAAACAUAACACUUUGUAUUCAUGACAAAAAGUGAAUUGCUUUGUCUAAUUUUUUGCAGUAUUACCUUGGUGCCUUGUUGCAAACAGGAGUGGCAGGUAGCCUAGGGGUUAGAGUGUUUCGCCAGUAACCAAAAGAUUGCUGGAUUGAAUCCCUGAGCUGACAAGGUAAAGAUCUGUUGUUCUGCCCCUGAACAAGGCAGUUAACCCACUGUUCCUCAGUAGGCUGUCAUUGUAAAUAAGAAUUUGUUCUUAAUUGACUUGCCUAGUUAAAUAAAGGUUAAAUAAAUAAACAGGAUGCAUUUAAAAAAUAUAUUUUUAUUCUGUACAGGCUUCCUUCUUUUCACUCAAUUAGGUUAGUAUUGUGGAGUAACUACAAUGUUGUUGAUCCAUCCUCAGUUUUCUCCUAUCACAGCCAUUACUCAGUAAGUUUUAAAGUCACCAUUGGUUUCCUGGUGAAAUACCUGAGCACGCCUGCAACUUUGUAGUGACUGAUACACCAUCCAGAGUGUAAUUAAUAACUUUACCAUGCGAAAAGGGAUAUUCAAUGUCUGUUUUUUACCCAUCUACCAAUAGGAGCCCUUCUUUACGAAGCAUUGGAAAACCUCCCUGGUCUUUGGGGUUGAACUUGUAUUUGAAAUUCACUGUCUUUGACUGAGAUACCUUACAGAUAAUUGUAUGGGUGAGGUACAGAGAUGAGGUAGUCAUUCAAAAUGAGGGAGACCAUGCAACUUAUGUGACUUGUUAAGCAAAUGUUUACUCCUGAACGUAUUUAGGCUUGCCAUAACAAAGGGGUUGAAUACUUAUUGACAUUUCAGCUUUUCAUUUUUGUAUUAAUUUGUAAACAUUUAGAAAAACAUAUUUCCACUUUGACAUUAUGGGGUAUUGUGUCUAUGCCAGUGACAAAACAUCUCAAUUUAAUACAUUUUUAAAAUUCAGGCUGUAACUCAACUAAUUGUGGAAAAAGUCAAGGGGUGUGAAUACACUGUAUUCAUUUGUGGAUGCCCAUCAUCCAUUUCAUAUGAUCUGUUACGAAUUUGCAAUAUGUAUGAUAUGAUACCAAUUAAAUUAGUUGUGGCUAAAAUUAGCUUGAUGGGUAAGUGGCUAAUGAUAAAGUUAGCCAGAUGGCUAACAUUAGCUAAACGGCUAACGUUAGCUAAGCUAGGGGUUAAGGUUAGGAUUAAGGUUAGAGUUAGCUAACAUGCUAAGUAAGUGUAAAGUUGCUAAUCAGCUAAAAAUUGUCCGUGAUGAAAUUUGAACAUGCAACCUUCGGGUUGCUAGACGUUUGCAUUAUACGGCUAACGUUAGCUAAGCUAGGGGUUAAGGUUAGGAUUAAGGUUAGAGUUAGCUAACAUGCUAAGUAAGUAUAAAGUUGCUAAUUAGCUAAAAAUUGUCCGUGAUGAAAUUUGAACAUGCAACCUUCGGGUUGCUAGACGUUUGCAUUAUACACCCACCCACCCAUCCACCCACCCCACCCCACCCCACCCCACCCCACUAAAAUGCUUGCCUCAAGUAACCUUUUGUCUUGUGUAACCUACCAAACGUAAUACAUGAUUCUAAUUUGAGUGUCCAGGAUUUACGUUACUAUGUUACGUCUAUGAGACCAGGAUGUCAUCCUUGCAAGUUAAAAGGCCAUACAAUUUAAAUUCUUCAAAAGGGCACAGCAUUUCAUCACUUUUACUGUGGGAAAGUUUAUACGCUUCAGAUUUCUGCCGUAUGACUGGUUUCACAUUUCUCUCCAGCGAUUUUAAGGUUAAAUAGAUGUAAAAGUGACAGUUAACAUUUAAAUGUACCUUAUUCAACGGAUUACGCAUUUACCAAGCUCUUCUUAAAUUGGAAAUUACAGUGCAUGGAGAAUGUUGUUCUUUCAAUCAGAAAAAAAUCUAGUAGAUGCUUUUUCCACUUGGAACCAGUAGGUUCGCUAGACCUUAUUCAUGGUUUCCUCACAGGUAAAUGUGGUUGAAUUAUUAGUCGUCAGAAUACAGCGUAUCUGUAGACACCUCCGCAACACCUUCACUUAUUUGAUCUCCACCCCAAACAAAUAGCUGGUGAAUAGCAAGCUAUUCUCAUGCUUAACUUUAAGGUCAGAAUACAGGUAGAGAGAAAAUUGCAUAAAAAGGGAAGUACUGUAUGUUCCAUGUACGCACACUUAACUCGGGUCGGAAUUCCACCAAUAAUGCAGUAUAUUUUCUAACAAAACAAAGCACAAAAAAACAAGACCAAUAUUUACCAAUACCUUCAAAGCACAAGCAACAGACAUUCCAAUCGACUUCAGGUUGUGCAAAUCAGGAACUGGAUAUCAUGGAGGAAACGCCAACUUGUGUCUUGUCAACAGAUGUUGACAAGAAACACAUUGAUUCUCAUUGGUACUGAUCUAACGUGUCCAUUUUUGAUAGGUGGAAAACCAGACAUGACCAGUGCACUAAUUGGACCCUAGUUCAGAAUGCUAUUAUACAUUUUCCUCACAAUGUUGAAGUGCCCACAAGCGUACUGCUGCCCAAUAUCCUCCAAUAUAACAUUGGUGAACUCAUUGUAGAGAGAAGACAUACAAACCAUAUUUAUUGUCAUUGAUUUACUAAUUUUGAUAUUAAAAAUAAUUAUUGAAUA